AUGUCUAAUGUGACCAUCAUCAUGGAUUUUCUGCUUCUGGGAUUUUCUGAGCAACAAGAGUUUCAGAUUUUGCAGUUUGUGAUCUUCUUGGCAAUGUACCUGGCCAUAAUUGUGGGAAAUCUUCUCAUCAUGAUUCUAGUAGCUCUGAACACCCAGCUUCAGUCCCCAAUGUAUUUCUUCCUUAUCCACUUGUCAAUUGUUGAUCUUGGUUCCACCUCUGUCAUUAUUCCCAGUGAUGAAGCCAAAAAUCUACAGCAUAAGGAUGUCAAAGCUGACCCGUGGAAGAUGUUUUAUGGGACUCUUCCAGCCAAUCACUAUGCCAAUGAAGCCAUGCCUAAUGUAACCAUCACCAGGGAUUUCCAGCUUCUGGGGUUUUCAGAGGAUGAAGAAUUUCGGAUUUUACAUGUUAUUUUCUUCUCAGCAAUGUAUCUAGCUGUGCUUAUGGGGAACCUUCUCAUCAUCCUUCUGGUAGCUUUGAACACCCACCUGCAGACCCCAAUGUAUUUCUUCCUUGUCAACUUGUCAAUUGUUGACCUUGGCUCCACCUCUGUCACCAUUCCCAAAUCAGUAGCCAAUGCCCUCAGGAACACCACAAAAAUUUCACAUUCUGAAUGUGCUGCACAAAUGCUUUUCUUUCUCUUCUUUAUGUCCUCAGACAUUUUCUUCCUCACUGCUAUGGCUUAUGACAGAUAUGUUGCCAUCUGCCAGCCACUGUACUAUGCAUCUCUGAUGAGGUGGAGCAGCUGCAUCCAGUUGGCAGGUGGGGCAUGGGUAGCCGGUUUUUUCAAUGCUGUUCUGCACACAGGUACCAUUUUCUCCCUGCCCUUCUGCUCCAACAAGAUCCAUCAGUUCUUCUGUGAAAUUCCACACCUCAUCAAUAUCUCCUGCUCUGACCCAUACUUCAGUGAAAUGUGGGCUCUCCUCUUUAGUUCUGCAUUAGGUCUUGUCUGUUUUGUGUUCAUUGUAAUGUCCUAUGUACAGAUCUUUAGCACUGUGUCAAGAAUGCCGUCUGUGGCAAACAGGCAAAAGGCCUUUUCUACUUGCAUCCCACAUCUCGUUGUUGUCUCUUUAUUACUUGGUACUGGUAUAUUUUCCUAUGUCUUACCCAAAUCCAGCUCUUCAUUUAAUUUGGAUGAGGUGCUUGCUGUAAUAUAUUCUGUUUUACCUCCAAUGAUGAACCCAAUAAUCUAUAGCAUGAGGAAUAAGGAUAUCAAAGCUGCCUUAUGGAAGCUGUUUUACUGGAAAUGUCCAGCCAAUAUUACAACGUUAUAG